UUACAGAUAAUCCUCGUAAGAGAAAGAAGAUAGAGCAGGCAGAAAGCUAUGAGAAAGAAUCUUCUGAUGUCAUAAUUUCUGGGGGUCACUGGAACAUUUGAUCAUCAUUCCUUUGGCAAGUCUAGCCUUCUAUGGAAAGUCGGUCAAAGCAAUUGAUUUAUUCACCUCUACAGGAAUCAGACUGAGCCUAUUUUGGAUUUCAGUGAAUUAUGCCUUUUCGGUUUGGGACCCAGCCAAGGAGGUUUCCAGUGGAAGGAGGCGAUUCUUCAAUUGGGCUAGAACCAGGCCUGAGCGCCAGUGCUGCCUGUAAUGGGAAAGAGACGUCACCCAAUAGGCAACUCCGAAGAUGCCCUGGAAGUCAUUGCCUGACAAUAACUGAUGUUCCCAUCACCGUCUAUGCAACAAUGAGAAAGCCAUCUGCACCGAGCAGCAAGGAAAUGCAUCCCAAAUAGCACCAUUAAGUCUUGUGUCGAGGGUUGACUAGGUCAAGGGUAAUGGACCAGCAUCAUCUUAUGGUCUGUCUGGUAAACAAAUAAAGGUGGAGGCACUA